CAAAUUAAAGUAUUCUGUUUUAUCUCCACUGAAAUUGUUGGAUCGUUUUGAGCAAUAUCGAGAAACGAUAAACUUGUACGUUGAUUCUACAAUGGUAUCGUAAAAUGGAUUUACAAACAACGAGUUUGAAAGAAAGAGAAAGAAAGGAGAGAAUAUCCCUUUCGUUCUUUAGAAGACGAAUUCUUGGAGAGCGAGAGAGCGAGAGAGAGAGAGUGGCAAAUUGAGCGUAAAGUGGCAAGUUGAACACUUUGAACAACGCGCGUCAAGGGAGUCAAGGGAGGGGGAUGAGACGCGUAACUCGAUUGGCGAUCCGCGUAGAGGCGCAGAGGGGCAUCGACCGAUCUCGACCGUCUCGGCGUCGGACUGCCAUCGGACUGGCAGUUCGCAUCGUUCAGUGCCACCAAUACACAAGAGCUGGGGACGCUCUUUCGCCGACCAUUGGUCCUCAAUUCGCCGACCAAUUGGGACAGUGCCCACGAAAAUAUCCAAUCGAGGAUUUACUAUGGAGCAGCUUAGCGAAGGACAAGCGGUUGUAGUUGGCGGUACCGGUGGAACUGUUCAAGUUGUUCAGAUGAGCCAGGGGGGACAAACCAUGAUGCUUCCACAGGCGAUACAAGUAGCGGCGCCUAAUGGACAGAUCCAAGUUGUUCCAGUUUCUAGUCUGGCUGGCACUGGCCAACAGAUCGUUAUUCAGCAACCACAGACCCCACAAAUCAUUCAAACUCCCGAUGGACAAACUUACAUCUACCAACCCGUGCAGUUGGAAGGCCAAGUACAGCAAGCGCAACCAACGGUAAUAAACCUUAAUGGUAAUCUCAUGCAAAUCGCUGGUACAACGUCACAAACUGCAACGACUGCAGCUACUACGACCCCGGUACAACCUUUGGGCAGUCCUACGUCAACAGUUUCACAAGCCGGGAACGUCGUUAUGAUGGUGCCAGGUAAUAGCGGACAAACACAGUUCCAAAGAGUAGCGUUACCUAAUGCUGAGCUUCUGGAAGAAGAACCACUCUAUGUCAACGCAAAACAGUAUAGACGGAUAUUGAAGCGUCGUCAAGCCCGUGCUAAAUUGGAAGCUGAAGGGAAGAUACCCAAGGAAAGGCCAAAAUAUCUCCACGAAUCUCGUCAUCGACACGCGAUGAACAGAAUUCGUGGUGAGGGCGGCCGUUUCCAUUCAGGUCAAGUGAAAAAACGAAAUAGAGAAAAUGCAAACUCCACGAUUACCCAGCACAUCACAACCUCAACCAGCACCGAUAAUGUUCAUACUGUAGCAAUAGCAGCUGCAAAUGUAGGUGUACAAUAUCACGACACAGACAAUAUGGCAUCCACGAUUGUACUUGAAAAGCCAAAUAUUCCUCUGCGAGAUAUGAUCUCUGAUGACGACAUUGUUACCUCGAACAGUCAUUUGAUAUAGAUAUAAUAUUAUAAGUUGGAUUAAAAAGGGAAUGAUUGAACAAGGAUGAGACUUUUUUAUGUGUCGAUGAUUAUAUUGAACAUCUGCAUUUUGUAAAUAUUCCGGUGCGAUGUAUAAGUAUAAUUUUUACAAAGAGCUGCAUAAUUUUUAAAUAUCGUGAAACUGUACAUAAAGUGUUCCAGAUAUACUAUUUACUUUAGAUUCUUCGGUGGAUUUAGAUAUUUUCCAAUAAUCAAACAUUGUAUUGAUAAACCAAAUUCUGAGAAGCAAAAAUAGACGAUUAAAAUAUUCUUAUCACGUAAUAUUAAAUACUAUGUAUAUAAAUAUAUUACAAACUAUUGUAUUAAAUAUAUUACAAUAUGUCUACACUUUUGUCUUGCACUUCAACAAUUUAAAAUCUAAGGUCUAUUUGAAAUCAACUGCAGAAUAUGAAGAAUGAUCUAAUAACAUGUAAUAUAACAUACGUUUAAAAAUAUAUAGUGUUAUUGGAAAUAAAUAAACGUUCAACAUUUCUAUUAAAGAAUGGAAAAUGAAAUUAAUUGCUAAAUUAGCAAAAAAUGUUUAUUCUAUCGUUCUGAAGCACUUUGUGUAGAUACACACACGCACGUACGCGCGCGCGCGCACACACAAUCUGGCAGCUUUUACAUUUGUGUGAUAAUUUUACUCAAAGAUAUUACACAGUUUUUUUAUAUGUGCGAAUUAAAUAUAUGAAAAAUUAAGUUAAUCUUCAUGUUUUCAGAAAAUAAGCUAUAAAUUAGUAUUAGAAUAUAUUAGAUAUAACGUAUAAUUCUCUGUGUGAAUGUAUGGAUUCUCUCUUUAUCGAAUUUGAUGAAGUCUGAAUCUGAAUAUAGCCAUCAAUAUUGUGAGAGACUGAAUGAAAUCAUAAAUUGUAUAUAUUAUUAUGUGCUGGGUAUUUUUUUAGAUUUGAUUAAGAUGUUUCUUUUUCUCUUUACAUACAUAUAUAAUUGAACGCCGUGAGUCAACAAUAACUUUCCAUCAUAUGUUUACUUGUAACCGACUGAAUUAUCAGAUUUCUCGAGAAAUACUCACCCAAAUUAGAAAAACAAGACAGAGUUAUAAAGAGAAUUAAAAGACUUAUAAAAUGAUGUGUUAUUUGAUUUUGGAAAAACAGUGGAAAAUUUUUGUUGGCUUAUUCUGUGUAUAUGCAUAUACAUUUAAAUAUAUAUAAAAUUUGUGUUUAGAUAUCUAUCUACAUACACGCCCGCUCUUACACAAAAUUAUAAA